AUGAAGCGCGCAUCCCCGGUGAGCAGCGCCCUCAAGCGUGCCACCAACGCCAUCGUCCCGCCCACCCGCAGGAGGGGUAGAAGCGGGGGAAGCAUCGGGACGAGCAGACGCGGCAUAGAGGGACGCUACUUCUUCUCAACCAAACGGAUCUGCCACCCCACCGGGGGGAAAGCGGAUGUCCCCAAAUUUGCAACAUGUGACCCUCCCCCCUACAACCCACGAUGUCGGGAUACACUCUCCUCCCAUUGUGACCUCACAAAGAAAAAGAAAAAAUGGGACGCAACAAAGGACAAGGCAACCGAUUUAAAAAAAAGUAACGUAAUAAACCUCAUCAAUGGAGUUAAGCAGAUUGAGGAACGAAACAGCAGUGCAAUUGUGGAUCUGCUAGUCAGCAUAAUUCUACAAGUUCGAUACGAUGAGGGGAGUAUCACCAGAAUGAAGGAAAAACACACCAUCGGCUUCAUUUGGGCCAUGGCCAAAAUUGUUAAUCUUAUGGAGAAGAAAAAACUGAUGAGUGAACAGGUGGUCUUAAAUUGGAAGGCUCUCUUUAUCUACUUCGCACACAUGUAUAUGCGGCGUGCUAUGCAUUUGGGGGGGUCCCAAAGUAAUGACGUGGACGUGCGGCAGUAUGUCUCCUCCGUUCUUUCGCUCCGGAUGGGGGAAGCCGACUUGGUGAAAUUGUCCACCUCAGCGUUGUGCAAUGCGAGCGGGUUUGCCAAGUAUCUUUUCGAUUGGGGAAGGAAGAGGCACGGGGUGGGACAUCGUCCAGUAGGGGAACCCCCCCGAGUGGCGACGGAAACCACCUCCCCGAACGACCUCUUCCGAAUUUUCAACUCCUCUUCUAUUAACCAAAUGGUUACCUCUGUGCAGAGGUACACCCUGCAGAGAAUUGAACGCCACCCAUUGGACAUAAAAACAAUCCUGAACUUCCUCGAAAUGGCAAGCCGAAAUUGGGAAGGAAAAUUCAAAGACGCGAUAAUAGAAGUGCUGUUGAAAAAGAUCGAGGCCCCCCCAAAUGAGAUCCAUAAUUUUACCAUCUUCAAAUUGUGCCGGUUUUUAAAUCUGAAAGUGAAUUAUGGUCUUCAGAAGGGGACAAGGGAAGAGGCACACCUUGCGGUCAUCAUGGACUUGCUUUUGCGUGGACAGACUUACCCUGUUGGCCUUCCCCCCCAAGGGGGUGCUCCCCACGAAGGUGAUACCCGCGAAGGGGCUGCCUACCCAGGUGCUGCUUACGAACGGAGAGGCAACCCCCUCGCUGCUAACACAUUGGUUAAGAAGGAAAGGCCAGGCCCAUGUAGUACAUGGCUCGUUGACGCUAACGAACGAGAUUUGUCCUCCCUUGUGAGGGACUUCUCCAGAUUAGCAGUCCGGAAUAAUCAGCUGUACAGAUUGCUCGUUGAUUGUUUUCUCCUCAAAUUGGGUUGUGGACCUAAUCCCCACAGGAGUUACACAACGAAAGAAGAAAAACAGAAGAGGGAUAUUCAGCACACAGCCACAAGCAUGAAAAUAGCAACCACUGAGGAGGUGCGAAAUUGGGUGGACAUUUUGGUGGGGCUAGCUAAUGCCAACUACCACUACGAUCCCUUUGUCCAGUGUUUUAUUCAAAGGAUGGUCAUAAAAAAAGGAAACCUUUUCUUCACCCUAAAUAACAUGCCCAAUGUUGUUCUGUCCUUGAGAAGCUUACUCUCCCUGGGGUAUGACCAAAUGAAUACCCUGUCCCACUUUUUCGAUUUUGUAAACAGCAAUUUUAGGCAUGUGCAGAUGAAACAACUGAUCAUGGUUUUUUAUUCAACAUAUUGCUACAUUGUGCAGAGGUAUACCCUGGCGAGUGUGAAGUAUGUCGGGGCUGGAAAUAUGCUUUUCUGCGUGCCGGGAGGAAGCAUCGGUGGGAAACUUAGUGUUGCGACAGGUGCGGGGAGUGACCCACGUGGACCCCAAUUUUGCGCGUGGAAGGAGAUUCCCCUGACCGACGUGCCGCCCCAACGAACGUCACACACAUUGACCAGCAGCGAUGCGUGUGACUCCUCCCCACGUGAACAACUCGAAGCAGCCAAGACACACCUGUUCCAGCACCUGCACAAAUUGGAACGAGCCAUAUUGUACAGAAAGAACGAAAUCGACUCCAUGCAAGGGUUGGUUAAUUUUUUCUUCGCUCUCUCCAGCACCAUAAACACGUUAUCGGUUGAACUGUACGACUUUUUUUAUCAGUCCUUUUGGCGCAUACUAAAAGGGGGGGAGGUGAGAAAGAGUGGGAAAGCUGCAGAAGGGCCAAAUAAUGUAGAGGACAAGAUAAAGGUCCAAACUGUUGUUCAGAUUUGCCUGCUACACUACAAAAACAACGUGGUGAACAAGACCCUGCUUUUGUAUUUGCUCCCCAUUCUGGAGACCCUCCCGCACGUGGAUAUUCACUCUCUGUACCCCAUCACGUUUGUAUGUUGCCACUUCAAUAUAAUAACCAUGAGCUUUUUGAAGUUUGCCUUGCGAAUACUUCUGGGGGACAUGGGCAAGGGGGAAACUCAACAGGAAGCUUCCAAUUGUGCUAAUUGGGUUUAUGAAGCUAAUGGUGAUAAAUGUGCUGGCGCUAGACAUCACAUCGGAAACGACCAUUAUUCCCACUUUGGGGAAGAGUCAAAUAGGUCUAGCGGCUGUAUAGAAGACCCCCCUACUGGAAGAAGAAACACAGCAGAAAUGGAACACCUGUAUAGUAACCAUCAACAGGACACAGUCAACAAAGUCGCCAAGUGCGCGUGGUCCCUACUCUUAAGUAGCGCCUUCCUGGAGAGCUCCAUAACCACCUUUGCCAAAAUGUGCAUCUUGUUAAGGAGAACAUUUUCCAGCAAAGUAGAUUGGAGAGAGGAGGACUACAACAUGCUGAAUCAAAUGUUAGUGUGUUUAAAUAUGUAUUACAAGAAAAACAAAGAAAAUUUUCAUUUAAAGAAAGGACAACUUCGCAUCCCCACCUCUUUUUAUAUACCCUAUUGUGUAGUUAAAGAAACGGUGACAAGGAACAAAAUGUCUUUCCAACAAAAAGUACACAUGUCCAGUUUUCAGUACAAACUUUGUGAAUAUUUGAAGAAGAAAAAAAUUAUGUACAAGUCAGAAUAUUUCUUGAAGCGCGGAUUUGUGGUGGAUUUUUUGGUCCUCAAAAAAGGAGAACCACAUCUUGUGCUCGAGGUGGACGGGAUUUACCAUUACAACAUGUCAACCGAUGAGAACAACUACGAGAUUGAACAUAACGGCAUGCGCUUGUGCAAAAAUGGAAGGACACAGUUCCGCAAUAACGUGCUGCAAGUACUGUACGACUUGGAAUUUGUGUGCGUCCCCUGGUUUUUCUUUCUGCAGUCCAGGUCGUUCCAGCGCCUGGAGGGGUUGCUCUCUGGGAAGCCAUAG